AUGUACGGUAGGGCUUUGGGACUCGGGCAGGGAGGUGGUGGUGCUAGAGCUCCGCUGUCGCGGAUUGGUAGGACCCCCGCCGGACUGGUUCGACCCGGUGCUUGUGCGGCUAGCGGGUUGGUGGUGUCACGUGCCGGAGGGUGUGGAGAAGGCCUAGGGGUGAAGGAUGUUUCAAGCGGUGGGAAACGUCCAUCCUCGAUACAAAGAAGCCUGCUUCACCGAUUGAGACCAGGACCCUCGUGUGUGUUUAUUAGAUCAAUGUCGUUGCGGUUGGGUGAGAUUAGUUUGGUCGAGAAAGCCAAGAGGGCCGCUGCUUAUAAGGCAGUGGACGAGCAUUUUCCAGCUGAUGCCAAGGUUGUUGGUAUUGGCUCCGGAUCAACCGUCAUCUACGCUGUCGAGAGAAUCGCUCAAUUGGCCGAAUUGAGAGGAAUCGAUCUGUCCAAGGUCACUUUUGUUCCUACUGGAUUUCAAAGUAAACAAUUGAUUAUUGGUGCUGGGCUCAAUGUCGCUUCAAUUGAUCAGUUCUCAGUGGGUGAUCUGGAUAUCGUUAUUGAUGGAGCUGACGAGGUCGAUGACUCACUCAACUGUAUUAAGGGCGGUGGUGCCUGUCUUUUCCAAGAGAAACUUGUUGGUCAAUGUGCUCGCAAAUUUGUCAUUGUUGCUGAUUCGUCCAAAAAAUCCCAUAAAUUAGGCAGUAAAUGGAUUCAGGGUGUUCCUAUUGAGGUCAUCCCUAUGGCCUAUCCCAAAGUCGAGGCUGAUCUGUUGAGACUCGGUGCUAAGCAAAUCACUCUUCGUCAGGGUGGUAAGGCCAAGGCCGGUCCUGUUGUCACUGAUAAUGGAAACUUUAUUCUCGACACUCAUUUCGGUUCCAUUGAGCCUUCGGAGGUCCGCAACCUGGACAUUAAAAUCAAGCUGCUUGUCGGUGUUGUAGAGACCGGUUUGUUUGACUACGGUGCAGUUGCUUACUUUGGCGAAACUGAUGGUACUGCUUCUACUUUUACGAGACCUGAGUAA